CAGACCUGGAACCUUUUUGUCUUUUUGGUUUGUGUCUCCACUGUUAGCACAGGAUAGAUUGGGCUUUUAAAGGGCUUGAUUUUUAUGGUUUUCUGUCUGCAGUGCUGUGAAGAUGGAAAGCGACCUCUUUGACCUGCAGUCAACUUUCCAGCCCUCCAUGCAAUCAGGCUCCACAGGGCUUCCAGUGGCGACAGCGUGGGCAGAUCCUUUCACCUCUGCUGAAGCUGGAGAUGAUUCCAUGCCAAACCUUAACCCUUUCCUCUCAAAACUCGUUGUCGAUGCCACUCACUUACCUGUCGUGUCUUCAGACGGUGUUAGCUUUUCCUCUAGGACAUCUGGUCAUGAAAUGUUUGGUGAUCGUUACAAUCCCUUUAUUGACACAAACUCAUCCGUUUCAACCAAUUACAAACGCACAGUGCGGAUAGAACACUCCAUCUCAGACUCCUUCUGUGGUCCAGUGUCCAUUGCCCAGCACCUCCCACAUCAGGCUCCCUUCCCCACUGAGCCCUCUACUGUAGCAGGUCUAUUCAGAGGAUACUCAACGCCACAGGCCCCUCCACAACAGUCAGGAGGUGGACUCCAGGUGGACUUUGAGUCAGUUUUCGGAGCCAAAGCCUCAGGCAGCAGCAGCCUCAAUUCUGAUGAUAUCACUGGAGGCAUCCUGAAACCAACUCUUGCCGGCUCCAACCAGCCAUCCAAUCAGCAGCCAGAGAAGCUGGUGUCAGAUGACCUUGACUCCUCCCUGGCCAACCUUGUCGGCAACCUCGGCAUCGGAAACGGCACCAUGAAAAAUGACAUCCACUGGAGCCAGCCGGGGGAGAAGAGGAUGACCGGCGGCACCAACUGGCAGCCCAAGGCGGCGCCGACCACGACCUGGAACCCCGUUUCCAUGCCACCGUCAAUCAUGGCCUUCCCCGCCACCACACCCACAGGCAUGAUGGGAUACGGCAUGCCUCCACAGAUGGGCUCUAUGGGGAUGAUGAAUCCACCCACCAUGAUGUACUCCCAGCCUGUCAUGAGGCCACCCAACCCCUUUGGCUCUGUGUCUAGUGCUCAGCCCUCUGCAGCCUCUAGUCCUUCCAGCCAGAGUCCUCUCCGAGCCCCUGGACAGGACCCGUUUGCACACCUCUCUCUCAAGGAUUUCUUGUAGAGCAUCUCUUUAGAUGCAGUUCAUGUAAUUUGAAGGAAGUGUCUCUCGGAAGAUGAAGCACUUAGCAGCAAAACUUUGUCCUCGUUGCAGUCCAGCUCUUCAGAGAAACAUUCACACAUCCCCCAAAUACAGACAUGUCAAGAACACAGCGGUGCAACGACUGUCCGAAACCAUGGUAACCAUGUCCAAAUGACGUUUGGCGAUAGCUCACACCCAUUAUUCUGUAACUUGUCCGAGACGUCGAGUGAUGCUGCUGUCUAACCCCCCCUUAAGAGGAUUCCUUAUCCGUUUUACAGUGUAAUCUGUAAAGAUAGUUUGGGUGCUGAGAAACUUUAAUGUUAUGUAUUUGGAGAUACUGUGGUUGGAUGUAAAAGGCUUGAUGUUCAGCGGGGAGGGGGCGGAGGAAGAAGGAGAGCGGUCCUUCCCUUUCUUGAUCCGAUCGUCAGUCAUCCAUUCCCUGCAGUUAUUUAACUGUCACUAAGUAGUGAUGCUAAUGACGUUUACACCUGUUUAGUUUUUGUCUUUUUUACCGUGUUUACAGUAGACAUUCCUUGUGUGUUGUUUGUAUUUAUUUAUGAUUAUUGGUUUAAGAUUGGGGGAAAAAAAAAAAUAAUGUAAAAUCUACAGUACUUUGAACACCUGUGGGAGUGCUUCAGCAUUAAACAAGGAUCUCAGACUAUCAUUAAGAGGUAGAGUAAAAAAAAAAAACAAGAAAAAAAAUAGCUAUUAUAUAAAUUACACCUAUUAAGCGGAAUGAUAGAGCACUAAAUAUUCUCCGAGUUUUGUGUUAAGAAAAUUUUUUACUAGAUGAAAGAUUUCACGAUCUCCAUUGCGCUUAAAGUGCAGGGGGUUAGAGUACGAGUCAGUUAACAGUAUAUAGUCGAUUCUGUGCCUAGGGUUUUAUUUUGCAAUGGAUCAGUUUCCUGACUAGUUGAAAAACACUUCAUCCACGAAUCUGAAGCGUCGCACUGGGUGGUGGGCUCCAUUUGCUUUAAGCUUGGCAUGCCAUUGACUCACUGACUGUAAUCAAGGCUGCCUUUACUCUGAAUGUGAAAGAGUUGUCUUCAUGUUGCACACAUCUUUCCACACUACAGUUCCUCAGCGAGAGGGAGUGGGGGGGGUGGGUGGUCUGCUUGCUGGUUGCCGAUGUUGUUUGGGGGGGUAGGGGCGGCGAAGGGUCACUGAUUUGAUGUAAAUUAAUUGUAUAAAAGAUCCCGAGGACCAGGGUGGAGCGGAGGAGCACUGUUGAUCGGUGCUCUGUGUAUAUAAAAACUGACUGUUCUUUGAGUGCAAAAGUGAAAGAUGUAUGAAAUAUGAAAGCAAUUCAAUCAAAUUUGACUCUACCUAAGUUUGAUUCAGGAUAUUCUCUGCGUUUGUCUCCGCAGAUAUUUUCUUUAUGUAAUUAGAACGUGUAGCAGACAAUGACUGAAGUCUUUUCUUUCUUUUACAAAUAAAGAGCAGCUUCCACAAAA